GCUGUGUAUAUUUUUCUAUUUAACAUACGCAUAUAAAUAAAGCACUCUAUUAUCCCAAAUAGAUCUCUUUUGCCCAAACUGUACCUUGUGUUUGCUGUUACUCCAUUUUAUGUGUGAACAUAAUCACCACGUGAUCAGAUAAAAAGGAUUUUUAAAUGUCUGGUUUCCGACUCGAAUAACAUGCGUGAAAAACAAAUGGGCUACUGAGACGGAGCUUAGACUAAGGAAGUUCUCUUGCAAGUUGCCGGCUGCCGGUCGUCCACAUGAUCGCCACUGUCCUCGCUUUUUUCUCGUUUAUUUACCGCACCAAGAUGACAGACGCGAAGAAGGAGCGCAGCUUUAUCAUGGUUAAGCCCGAUGGCGUGUCGCGGGGCCUGAUUGCUGAGAUCAUCAAGCGAUUUGAGCAGAAGGGCUUCACAUUGGUGGCUGCCAAACUCGUAAAGGCCUCGCCGGAGCUUGUCCAGCAGCACUACUACGACCUCAGGGAGAAGAAGUUCUACAAGGGACUGUGUGCCUUCAUGUCCAGUGGUCCAGUCUUCCCCAUGGUGUGGGAGGGCAAAGGCGUGGUGGCUACCGGCCGUACCAUGCUGGGGGAAACAGACCCUGCCAAUUCCAAGCCAGGUUCCAUCCGCGGCGACUUCUGUAUCGACAUUGGCCGCAACAUCAUCCACGGCUCAGACUCCGUGGAGACGGCCAAGAAGGAGAUAGCUUUGUGGUUCAAGGAGGAGGAGUUGGUUGACUGGACCCCUGCUGCCUACAGCUUUGUCUAUGAAUAAGUGUAGCAUGAGUGGCAUUCAGAGAGCAUUGAUGUAAAUUGCCCUCGGUACCAAAUAGGAGUUUUUACAGCUUUGCAGUUUUGAAAGAUAGGAUUGUCACUUUGUGUGAUAGAGAAAUCAGCGUGGUUCCAAAAUUCUCUCCAACUCAGCAUUUUUACUAGUGAGUCAGGGUCUGUGACUAAUUCAGGUUAGCAUUGGGUCUUUACAGUCAUUUGUAGCAUUUUGAUUAGAUGUUCAGGUCAAACCUAGCCAUCUGAUUGGGCAUGUUAUCUGUGGAAUCACAAAGUCAUAGUCAUAAUCAAACCUCAUCCUGUUAAUGUCCAUCUUUUAGUGUCAGAUUAUUACAAUUUAGCACAUGUACCCUUCUCACACAAGUGUAUGUAAAUGCAUGUUAUACGAGAUACAAGUACCCCAAAUGUUGCACCUUCAUGUCACGCCAGUUGAACUUAUUUAAAAGGUUACAAUUUGACAAUAAUUUGACAAACAUGUAUGCAUCACUAAGUCCUUAGGGGGGCCAUCAUAGUCUAGGUACAGCAUAACAUUGGAAAAAGUGGAACAGUUCAGUUGUUGUGUGCAAUAGUUACACAUUAUUUUGUAAGGUGAAAGAUUAUGGAUCAUGUUCCAGCUUGUAGUGUGCCUAAUGUGCAUGUUCAUGGUAGCACAGUUGCUAUUUCGCUUCCUCCGUGUAGUUUGCAUAAAAUCACUUUUUGUUUUCAACUUUCCACAAAACAAAAGCUUCCAGUUAUCUUGUGUUCAAGAUUUUACAUGUAUAGGUAAUAACUGAACAAUACAUGUACCUUGUUUGCAUACUAACCAUGUGAAAUGGGCCAGCUGUGCCCAAGGCUAAGUGGGAAUUAAAAGUACAUGUGGUCAUGCUCAAGCACCAGUCAAAGAUCAAAAUAUACAAAUGUGUACUUCAAAAGCUUGGAAUAUGCGCUAUGUGGAGCCAAUUUCCAGUUCCAUUUAUUCCUCAAUUCCAAGCUUACAUAAGUAAUCAAAUAACUUACAAAAACUUGUACACUUUUCCAUUUUUGAAUAAUUAAAAUCAGCCUUUAAUAAUACACAAUUUGCAUAAAACCAGAACUGUGACUAACUUAUUUCAGUGUCAGCUACUUAAUGGUGAUCAUGGAUUAGUUCAGCCAGAGAUGCUUUCACAGGGUGAUGGUAUUUAUCAUGUCAAAAGGUGAUUUGCACAAUAAAGAUGUUGUGUUGUGAUCUGAA